GCCGGCCGGUAGCGCGCAUUACUGUCAUGGCGGCCGCCGAAGUCGGGUUAGAGGGCGGUGGAGCCACUGCCGGCCUGAGGCCGGACGCCGGGACGCAGCGGGCCGAGCUUAUGCCGCUGUUAGGGGCGGCUCUGCGGCCAGGGGAAUCCUGGUAUCUGAUUGACAGCCGGUGGUUCAAGCAGUGGAAGAAAUACGUGGGCUUUGACAGCUGGGACCUCUACAACGUUGGCGAGCCCAAUCUCUUCCCGGGACCGAUUGAUAAUUCGGGGCUUUUCGCAGAUUCAGAAGCUCAGACUUUGAAAGAACACCUCAUCGAUGAGUUGGAUUAUGUGUUGGUUCCUACUGAAGCCUGGAAUAAAUUAAUAAAUUGGUAUGGCUGUAUAGAGGGGCAACAGCCAAUUGUGAGAAAAGUUGUGGAGUAUGGGCUUUUUGUGAAGCACUGUAAAGUCGAGGUUUAUCUUUUGGAGCUGAAGCUAUGUCAGAACAGUGAUCCUCUUAGUCUUGUGAGCUCUUAUUUCAGCAAAGCAGACACUGUUGCUACCAUUGAAAAAGAAAUGAGAAAACAGUUCAGUAUUCCUGAUGGAAAGGAAAUUAGGCUGUGGAGCAGAUACAUGAGUAAUACUUAUGAGCAACUAAGCAAACUUGACAGCACUAUACAAGAUGCGGGGCUCUAUCAGGGACAGAUAGUAUUAAUAGAAGUGAAGAAUGAAGAUGGUUCAUGGCCCAGACAAUCUUCUCAGACAAAAUCAAGCACUGCAACUAGCAGAAAUCUAGCUACCUCUUCAAAAUCAUCAGCAAGCUCUUGCUCCUCAGUAGUUGCCUCUUCAACCAUUACAAAUGGUGAUAGCAAUAACUCCUAUGGUUUGAACUGCUCCAGCCUUGGCAAAGGAGGCUCUAGCUACUCUUGCAACUCCUACAACAACAGGGAGAGCCCUCCUCAGUCACAACCUGGCCUAUGUGGGCUCAGUAACUUAGGAAAUACAUGCUUCAUGAACUCAGCAUUACAGUGUUUGAGUAACACCCCUCCACUGACUGACUAUUUUUUGGAAGAUGAGUAUGAAGCUGAAAUAAAUCAGGAAAAUCCUCUGGGAAUGAGAGGAGAAAUUGCAGAAGCAUAUGCUGAGCUCAUCAAACAGAUGUGGUCUGGAAGGCACUCUCACGUGGCCCCCCGUAUGUUCAAAACCCAGGUUGGCCGAUUUGCUCCUCAGUUUUCAGGGUACCAGCAACAAGAUUCCCAAGAGCUCCUGGCCUUUCUUCUAGAUGGUUUACACGAAGAUCUAAACAGAGUAAAGAAGAAACCCUACUUGGAGCUGAAGGAUGCUAAUGGCAGGCCUGAUUCGGUGGUAGCAAAAGAAGCUUGGGAGAACCAUCAGUUGCGUAACGACUCUAUCAUUGUAGAUAUUUUUCAUGGUCUCUUCAAAUCCACAUUGGUCUGCCCCAAGUGUUCUAAAAUUUCGGUGACUUUUGACCCGUUUUGCUACCUAACCCUUCCAUUGCCCUUGAAGAAAGAUCGACCCAUGGAAGUGUUCUUCGUCUUUGCAGAUCCUCAACGCAAACCUACUCAAUACCGGGUAGUGGUGCCAAUGAUGGGGGGUGUAUCUGACCUGUGUGAUGCACUCUCAAAACUCUCUGGGAUCCCUGCAGAAAAUAUGGUGGUGACUGAUGUUUAUAAUCACCGAUUCCACAAAAUUUUCCAAAUGGAUGAAGGCUUAAGUCAUAUUAUGCCAAAGGACAACAUCUUUGUAUAUGAAGUUUGUAAGCCAACUGAGGAUGGUGUUGAAUGCGUCACUCUUUCAGUUUACUUCAGAGAAAAGAAAGCGAGACAAUCCAGUGCUACUUCAGGGAUUGUUCUGUAUGGUCAACCACUACUCAUAGCUAUACCCAAACACAAGCUCACCCUAGAGUACUUAUACAGUGUUAUAUUGGAGCGGAUUGGCCGCUAUGUAAAAAUUCCUUUGAAGGAAGAAUAUUCUGAUGAAUGUCCAGACAGUGAGACUUGCAAUGGCUCCAGCAGUGUGACUGAAGGUGAGGUUGAAGAGAUGGAGCAUCAGAAUGGAGAGGAAGAAAGCAAGGAAAAAAUGUCAGAACCAGAUCCCUGCCAGUCAGAAGACUUCAUCCAGGAUGAGCUGGGAAAAGAGGGCCACAGAAAGCGUCUCUUCACCUUCAGUCUUGUGAAUUCCUAUGGGACAUCUGAAAUAAACUCCCUUACCACAGAGGGGAAAAUCCUCAAAUUGAGUUCCCAUGCUACUCUUGCUAUUGACUGGGAUUCUGACACUCGGAAGCUGCUUUUUGAUGAGCAAGAGGCACAGGCAUUUGAAAAACACAGCAGUAUGUUGCAGACACAGAAGAAGAAAACUACUGUAGCUCUUAGAGAUUGCAUAGAACUCUUCACAACUAUGGAAACGCUUGGUGAACAUGAUCCCUGGUACUGUCCUAAUUGCAAGAAACAUCAGCAAGCCACUAAGAAAUUUGACCUGUGGUCACUCCCACGUAUUUUGGUAGUUCAUUUAAAACGUUUCUCGUACAACAGAUACUGGAGGGAUAAACUUGACACUGUGGUUGAAUUCCCUAUCAGAGAUCUGAACAUGUCUGAGUUUGUUUGUGACCCAGCAGCAAGCCCAUAUGUAUAUGACCUUAUUGCGGUUUCCAAUCACUAUGGAGGCAUGGGUGUGGGCCACUAUACUGCAUAUGCUAAAAAUAAAGUCAAUGGCAAAUGGUAUUAUUUUGAUGACAGCAGUGUGUCUCCAGCAUCUGAAGAGCAAAUAGUGACAAAAGCAGCAUAUGUACUAUUCUAUGAACGCAGAGAUGGCAGGCUCAAGAGAAACCCAUCUCCUUGCGCAAGCAUUGAGCUGAAAUCAGAAGAAUGUGACGGCAUGGAUACUAACUGAGCCUGGGUUGAAACAGUCAAAUUGCUCAUCUGAAAACUCAUCUGGGAAGUGAUUUGUUCCAUCUGUAAGACUCAAAAGUGAGAAGUCCAGUACAGGAGGGCUCAGUGAGCAGUAACAAUGGAUAGCACAGGGGAAGCAAUAAGAUGACAACACUCGGGCGUAUCGUUGCCAAAGAGCUUUUAAUCAAAUUAUAUCUUAGUAAUUCAAUAAAGUGUUCUCUAAAUCUGACCUUGUAUUCUGGCAGAAACUGUGUGGAUCCAGGGAUUAUGCUUUAUGGUUGGAGCAACGCAUGUUAAAAAAAAGAUAUGCCUGUGUUGAAUUGCAAGAGGAAAUGUAAUAAGCAGGCUGUAAAUAGACUAGAGCUGAGGAACAACGUCUGGCUUGAGCAUUAUGCAUUGUAGAAGAUGCAUGAGACGCGAGGUGUUUGGAGUGCUGCAGAAGGGCACAUCUGGCAUGACCUUCCACCUUGCCUAGCACAUGUUGCCACCACGCUGCGGUCAGUCCAUGGCUGACCGGGCACAGUGAGCUAGUGUGUGCUUGAAAUGUUUGCCUUAGCCCAUUGUGACCCAUGCAGGAGUCUGCUGACUAAUCUGUAAGCUGUAUCUCAAAAUCCUCACAUCUUCAUGUUCUGUGCUAAUAAAGCAAUUCUUUAGGAAUGAAACACACUCAAUCCAAGCAGCAGUAUUCAUAAAGGCUUGUUCUUCAAAUCAGUCCUGUGGGAGUUUUGUAUGCUCUACAUUUCUUCAACAGCCCCAGUCUUUUUGCUCCAGUACAGAUUUUAACUGAGGUACUUUGCAAUGGGAAGGAAUGUUCUUUAUUUAUGUGUCCUGUUAGGGAGCUGAAACAAUUUUACCUAGUAGUCUCAUAGGUCCAGCCACAAACUUUUUUUCCUUGUUUCUGUAGAAUGUUUUAGCAGCACCAUGAAAGGGUCAGACCCUUUCACUCAUUAAACUACACAGAAAUAGAUGUCUCCUUUUGGAUAUUCUCCAACCCACUAUUUUUCUUUCUAGCCUUUUCAUUCCCAUUUCCUGGUGUAAUACAUGUCCUCCAGCUCCCCUCAUAGCUCCGUUUUAGGCAUUUCCAUAGUUGUUAAGGAUUCGCAAGAGCAAGUGUUCUUGCUCUCCUCUUACUAUGCAUAUCCACUUCUCUAUGCUCCUGUGGGCUGGAAGUAUAAUUUUACCCAUCCACACAAUAUGGCAGAUGAGGGCCUUCUCAGUGGAGGGAGCUUUCCGUAAUGGCAUGGAAAGUUCACAUGUGCUUUGAAAAGCUUUCCAUCGAACAUCGUAGCUUUGAAGCCGUUUUGUUACCUAUAUAAGGUUGAUUCACUUUGAUGCUCUAAAGGUUCCCAAAGAUUCCCUUCAGCAGACUGGGAAACAUGAUUUUUCCAGAGAAAUUCUGGGAAUUUGCUCUGCUCUACUGCAGGUAAGUGGUAAGUAACAGUGGCAUAGCCAGCUGAUACUGUUUUAGCAGAAUGGGUUAAAAAUGGCCAAGUGUUCUCUGUAGCUUUUAGCAGCGGGGUCCUCGUUGCUCUUAGCUGCAUUCUGCUCACUGACAAUCUUCCAGUGAUUCUUAGACAGACCUGCAGAACAGUCGUUCAAAAGCACUGAAAUUUUAGUUGUUUGGUUCAGUUGCUGAUGCUUCUGGAUUUUUUAAUUGGUUUGGGGUUUUUUGCCUGAACUGGAUUUUUUCCCUUGCACAAUGGGGAUGGUGGGCAGUUAGGGUUUAGAAUUAUUUAAAGGCUGUUCAAACUGUUACACAGCAGUUUUGUUUGGGGUUUUUUGUUUUCCCUUUUUCCUGUUUUAUGUUUUCUUUGGGAAUGUAACAUUUGAACAGAUAAGGAAACAAAUAUUUAAAAGCAAAGAGCAAUUUAAUGUAACCAUAUGUAUUUCUGCUCCAUACUGAAGCAGGAAUAUUUUCACUGCUCUUUGUAUGGUGAGAGCACACAUUUAUGUUUGGGUGAUUUUGGGCUCCUGAACUAAAUUUCUUCUAAAUGCUGUAAAGAUGGUGUUAGGAACUUGGAUUUGCCUCUGACCAGGCUGGAUCCUAGCUGGUGUGUACAUUCUGUAUAGUGUCAAAAUCUGUUUUUAGACUAGCACUUUGUAAGUGGCUGGCUUUACUGUAUAAAGGAUAAUAAAUAAAAAGGAGUGGAUUGCA